AUGUCAUUUGAAUUUGCCUUUCACGACGUCUCUAACGAUGCCAUUAAACACAUGACACCAAGCGAGGCACUGCAAAAGCAUCUGGAGAAUGCACAACUGGCGCACCGUGUGUGUGUUGCCAAGGCACUAAAGGCCGAGGAGGCACCUGUGGAAAAGUGUGCCCUGACAUGGGGCGAGGUGCUUAUUCGCUACCAGGCAUGGGCAGAAUACCGCCCGCCUUUUCAGGAUAGCGUGGCACAGUCAAAGUACAAAAAGUACUGGACGAAAAAGCGCCAGGCGGAGGAUGAUAAGAACCCAUUCAAAUAA